UGUCUGUAUAUAUAUAGAGUCUCUCUCGACCUCGACCCUAUUGUGUUGUUAUACUUAUGCAGUACCUACUACUAGCUCUUUGCCACCUCGCCAAUAAGGCGAAUAAGUAGGUAUACCUACUUAAAAGUGUACUGAUAGGAUGUGCCGUGUGUGCUGUGUUGUCAGUGCUGUCUAUAAGCGGGGGGGAAAUGGGGGUGUUAUGGAGAAGACAUUGAAGGGAUGGCGAAUGAGGAGCAAUCGUACCAACAGCUCUGUCUGAGACAGUCUAUAUGUGAUUCGGAUGAAUAGCAGGUAGAUCGUAGAUCUUGUGUUAUUUAUAACUGUAUUAAGUUUAUGGACGACUAGUCGCGUGUGCAUAUAUUAUAUUAUAUAUUGGAGUAAUAUCUUCUGUGUGUGUGUUUGCGCGCGUGCUUGCACUUGCAGUGCUGAUCACUAAAUUCGCGAGCACUGUUCUCUCUUUUGUUCUCUAGCUUGUUCAUUGUGUCGAUCGAUCGAAGAUCGGAUCGGAUCGGAGUCGUCAUACAAAUAGGUACCUAAGCAUACGAACACUCAAAGUAGGUAUACCUACCUCUGUACCUACCUACUCGUUUAUCUAAAUAUAUAUAAGAUAUGUCGGACUGCACAUAAUAUUUAUAUCAUCCACUCUAUAAAGGUUACAGAGUGAUAUAGAGAGAGUCUCAGACUCACCACACCGCACAUUGUCAUUCACACACCUACACUCACCACCGCUGUUUUGUGUGUCAUUGUCAUCGAAAGCCGUCGCCGUCGCCAUAUCGUCACCGUCGUCGUAUUUAAUCGCCUAAAAUCAAAUCGACAGCCCUAGUACACACCUGGUGUAAACAUACAAGAACAAUCAUUUAAUUUGGCACUUGGCACUACAAAUAAAGAGUACUAAGUACUUCAGUACUUAUUAUUACUCUUUCUCUCUCUCAACUAUAUAUGUCAUAAAAGUGAAAACGCGUUUGUGUGUUAGGUAUAUAUUUUGGAGCAGAUUCAGCAGACGAAGAGCGGAAGAGUCCCUGAACCCUGAAUCCCCUGAUGAUCGAGCGUGCGCAGUUACGACGACCAGCUCCAGUAGCAGCGACGACGACGACGACGAGCGUCCAAACAAGUAACUGCUAUCAGCUGUAAGCUCGUCUGGACGUAGUACAUACGUUCGCUGUCGGGAGACGUCUGGCUUGGCCGUGUGGAACAGCCGCGAGUACAAGCGGAAAACUUAAGAUAACAACAACAACGGCAGCAGCAGCAGUGGCUGCAAAAGGUGAUGUCAGCUGCUGUAUAGGCUGCUAGUGCUGCAGUCGAAACGCGGCUGCGCCUGCAGUAUAACUGUAAGGUAGCUUUGGGGGGUGAAUUUCUGCAUCGGGCAGCAACAGCCGUUGUUAGGUAUAGGUGGCAACGACGGCUCCUGUGUCUCUGUGCAGUGCAGGUAAGCCUGGCCUCGAGCGGCGAGUCGGACGACGGUGGGCUCGCUCCGCCACCGCGCAAAAGGUCCCGUAGUUCCCUCCAGGCUACUCAGAGGCCAGCUGCCGUGGCGGACCAGCUGCUGCUGCACCCCAGCAGCGCGGAGCAAGCCCACCGUACCAACCGAGACGAGCAGGAGGAUAGCCGAGACAAAGAGUCCAGUUCCAAAGACAUGGAUAACAGUUUACGAACGAUGCAGCAAGGAGCCAAUGGUGCAGUGUUAUCUUCAGGAACGCAGCAGAAUGGCACUGCUGUGUCGGAUUCUAGUGGAGCACAGACCAAUGGCAACAUUGCUACCGAGACGGAUGGCGAGACAGGAGAGGUCAAUGAAGAGGAAACCGAAAGCAUAUCACCCAAGAUCAUGGACCAAACUAAUCAAGACAUUGUCAGGUUGAUCGGUCAACACUUGAAGACAGUUGGUCUUGACCGUACAGCUGAUUUUCUCAUGCAAGAGUCUGGAUGCCGUUUGGAUCACCCAGCAGCAGCCAAAUUUCGCCAACAUGUCAUGGACGGUGAUUGGACCAAGGCAGAUCAUGACCUUAAUGAACUUAAGGGGUUUUUAAAUAGCGCCAAUCAGAGUCUCGUUGAAAUGAAGUUUCUUCUGAUGGAACAAAAAUACUUGGAAUAUCUUGAAGAUGGAUUGGUACUUGAAGCUCUUCAAGUUUUAAGAAAUGAACUAACUCCGUUGGGACAUAAUACAGGUCGUGUUCAUCAGCUGUCUGCAUUCAUGAUGUGCAGUGGCAAAGAGGAAUUACAGUCUCGAGCUGGUUGGGAGGGUAAAGGCCUUGGGUCACGGACUACACUGAUGGAUAAAUUACAAAAAUAUCUUCCCCCAUCUAUUAUGCUGCCCCCACGCCGACUUCAUUCUCUUCUUUGCCAAGCCGUAGAAAUGCAAAAUCAAUUGUGUACAUACCAUAUUACUCAAACACAGACUAAUUUGGAAAAUGCUUCACUAUUGGUUGAUCACAGUUGUAGUAAAGAACAGUUCCCAUGCCACACUAUACAAAUACUCAAUGAUCAUUGUGAUGAAGUAUGGUUCUGCAAAUUUUCUCCUGAUGGACUCAAACUUGCUACAGGCUCAAAAGACAUGACUGUAAUAAUUUGGGACAUAGAUCCUGAAACAUUACGAGUAACGCAUAGGAAAACAUUAGAAGGACACACUUAUGGCGUUGCAAUGAUUUCUUGGAGUCCUGACAGUAGUCACUUAAUUGCUUGUGGACCAGAAGAUUGUCCAGAAGUGUGGUUGUGGAACGUUGACACGCCUGAUUGCGAGUUACGUGUAAAAUUAACGCAAAGCACAGAGGAUUCUCUUACUGCCUGUGCCUGGCAUCGCGAUUCUCAGAAAUUUGUCACAGGCGGACUUCGAGGUCAAUUUUAUCAAUGUGAUAUUGAUGGAAACGUUUUGGAUUCAUGGGAAGGAGUCCGAGUAAAAGGCUUGUUUUGUAGAAAUGAUGGAAAAACAGUUUUAGCAGCAGACUCUCAUCAUCGUAUUCGUGGUUAUAAUUUUGAAGAAUUAAGUGAAUUUACGAUAUUAACAGAAGACCAUCCUAUCAUGUCCUUCAGCGUUAAUAAAGCAGAUCGCCAAGCUCUACUUAAUGUCGCACAUCAAGGAGUUCACCUUUGGGAUUUACAAGACAGAUGUUUAGUAAGGCGUUUUCAGGGAGUCACCCAAGGGCAUUUUACGAUUCACAGUUGUUUUGGCGGCGUAAAUCAAGAUUUUAUUGCAUCGGGCAGUGAAGAUAACAAAGUUUACGUAUGGCACAUUAAAAAAGAGCUGCCCAUAGCCACAUUAACUGGGCAUAGUAGAACAGUGAAUUGUGUUUCAUGGAAUCCUGUCUACCAUCAAAUGAUGGCUUCUGUUUCAGAUGAUUGUACAGUAAGGAUAUGGGGCCCGAAAUGUUCAUCUUCAGAAGCAUCAGAAAACACUUCAAACGGUAGUGGAUGGUAUGAAAUGGUGUCGUAGCAAACAUGGUCCCAAUCACACUCCAAUUGCCCUGUGGUGUUCA